AUGAAUUUCGAUUUAGACGAUCCCUUAGGAAGCGAUGAUAGUUUUUUUGAAGAGCCAAAGGCUUUAAGUAAGCUAGCAAGUACAAAACCCGUCGAAAAAAAGUCAAUAGAAAAUGUAUUCAACCUCGCAGAUGUAAAAGAAAAUGUAGAUAGUAACAGAAACGUAGAGACUUCUCAAAAAACUCGAAGUGUCGUUACAUUUGACGAGUCCACCAUCAAACAAGACGAAUUUCCAAAACUAGAUACCAAGGUUCGGAAGAAAACUAGCGAAGAUUGGUUGGGAGAAUCUGACAGUGUACAUGACAAAAAAACAAAAAGGACUGACUUUCUGGAAGACUUACUCUAUGGGCGUCCUACAUCUCCCAAAGAAAAAAAAGUUACAUCUGAAGGUACACAGAGAAGCAGCCAAUCUAGUACACAGCUUAAAUCUUCAGGUCCUGCGCAGGAUAUUUCUGCCCCUACCGAAGUUUUAUCAAACUUUGGUCUGCUAUCAAAUACUUCUAGAGAAAGAAGAAGGCCGAGAAAAGGUUCUUCAAGCGGCUUGGAGGAUGCUUUAGGAUUAUUUGGAGAUGGUUAUCACUCGGGAGAUUCUCACAUCAAGGAAACGAACCCAGUUACUUCGAAAGUUGCUACAGAUGUUCAGUUCAAGCCUGUGUACACCACAGAAAAAGGCAUUCCUGAUUGGCUUGGAGGUUCAGCAACUACUUCAGUUAAAUCAGAUUCUGGAUUUACUAAAAAGUCAGAGGAGUACGUUAAAGACAAAGGUGAUGUUACUGAAGGACGAAGUAGUGCGCCAGAAGAACAGGAUAAACAAAAUGUUACACCGAAUAUUUCCGAAAAACCAAAAGAAUACGACUCAUCACUUUCUUUAAAACAACAGCAGAUCAGUUUAGAUUUGCAAAACACCUAUUCGUCCUUACAGCAACAGGAAACGUUUCUGUUAAUUUCACUUCAGUUGAAAAAGUACGAGGAAAAUUUAGAGUCCAUUAAACGCCAACAACGAGAAAUAUUGGAGAAACAGGAGAAGCGGUACGAUUCCAUUCUCGAUAAAUACGCGGUAAGGCAACAGAUGAUUGAAAAUAAUAUAAGGAUGCAACAAGAAAGACUGAAUAAUCAUGUGCAGCUACUGAUUUCUCAACCGUUCAAUGAUGGCAACAAGGAAGAUUCGGGUGAGGGUGAAACAAUAAAAAACCCAUAUCUUAACAAAAGUGACAUGGAAAAUAUUAUGCGUUCUCUUAGAGAAAAACAUAACGAAGAACUUUUUAUAAUGGAGGAGUCGUACAAAAAGCAAAUUUCUCUUAUAGAGAAAUCCUCUGAGACAUUGGAAGAAAGAUUAAAAAAUGAAGUAAAUUAUGUUACCAAUAUGUAUGAAGAUAAAAUUAAUAAUAUCAAUAAAAACUAUAAUGAAGAAAUUUCGUACUAUAAGCAGAAGAUAAGUACAACGGAGGAGCAAAACAGCAAAAAUAUCGAAUUAAUAAAAGAACAUCAUGCUAAAGUUUUAGAGGAACUAAAGGAAGAUCAUGUAACGCAGAUUGAAUAUUUAAAGCAAUUUAAUAAAAGGGAAACUGAGCUAUUAGCCAGUGGCCAAUUUUUUUCACAGAAAUUAAAUACCAGCAUUGAAAUGCUUACUGAUAACACUAAACUUCUACAAGGAGUUCAAGAGAAAAUUAACAAUGAUUCUGACGCUAUAUCAGUUGCUAGACAGAGUUCCAUCGAAUCAAGGGAAAAGGAAAUUAUUCUUAUGCGUAACACCUUGGAAAAGUCUAGAGAAGCCGCUGAAAAUGAAAGGUCUCAGCUACUGGCCCUGAUUAGGAGCUUAGAAAUGAAAAUUGCAGAACAAAAUGUCAAUGCGCAGGAGGAUAGAUGGGCAUUGCAGCAAGCUUCUGCGACAUUGGUAGCUAAAUCGGCAGCUUUAGAGAGAGAAGUGGAAUAUAACAGGACUAUCAAUGAAAGAGAACGAGAACAGUUAAAGACAUUAAAAACAUCUCUAUUAGCGGAACAGGAAAAAAUCAUUGUACAACUUACAGAAGAAAAAUUAAAAUUAUCGGCAGAAAAGGCGCGAAUCGAAACCUCAAAUAAAUUAUCCAACAACUAUGAAUCUGAAAAGAUUAAAGCGGAAGCCGAGAUGGCUAUUCAAGUGGCUAAGGAUAUCUCUCAAAAGGUUAGCCAAGAACGGGAGUUCUUAUUUCGUCAAAAAAGUGAUAUUGAAGCUCUAAAGAGAGAAUUGAACGACCGUGAAAGGGAGUUGCAAGACAAAGAAAUCAAUUUAGAAUACCUAAUUGAGAACACCCAGAGAAAAAUUAACGAUGAUAAGAAAAUAAUUAACGAAGCGAAAAAAUUGGAAACUAAGUAUAAAGAGCGCCUACAGGAGUUGCAGAAUCAGUGGGCGUCAUUAGCUGACAGAGAAAAGAAGUUAGCUGAAGAAAAAGUAUUGCUGUCAAAGGAAAGAUUAGCUUUAUAUACGACAAUCAAACAAACUAAGAACUGUGCAUUGUGUAAAGGAAAUGAUUUACCAAUUCAUAAUGGUAAUUAUUACAUAGAAGAUAAUUUGCCAAACUUAAAGAUGUCAGAUACGAGUGGUAUUAGGUUUCGACUGGAUGCCAUUGAAGAUGAAAAAAGCAGCGAGGUUAGCAAAGAAGAAAAUUAAAGUUUUCAGUUUUAUCAUAAGAUCCAAA